GGCCCCAGAAGCCGUCUCAUUGAUCCCACCCCAUUGCCACCCCGUCCAGGGUCCCCCCAGUGCUGUCAUGGCGGAACUCUGCCGCAGGGACUCCACGCUGACAGCCCUGGACGAGGAGACGCUGUGGGAGAUGAUGGAGAGCCACCGCUACAGGAUCGUGCGGAGCGUGUGCCCCAGCCGCCUCACGCCCUACCUGCGCCAGGCGCGCGUGCUGGGCCAGCUGGACGAGGAGGAGGUGCUGCACAGCGCCCAGCUCACCAACAGCGCCAUGAGAGUGGGACACCUGCUCGAUCUGCUGAAGACCCGAGGGAAGAACGGGGCCAUCGCCUUCCUGGAGAGCCUGAAGUUCCACAACCCUGACGUCUACACCCUGGUCACCGGGCUGCAGCCCGACCUGGACUUCAGCAACUUUGGCGGCCUCAUGGAGACGUCCAAGCUGACCGAGUGCCUGGCGGGGGCCAUCGGCAGCCUGCAGGAGGAGCUGAGCCAGGAGAAGGGGCAGAAGGAGGCACUGCUGCGGCGGUGCCAGCUGCUGCAGGAGCGUCUGGGCCUGGCCGAGACCCGCGCCGAGGGCCUGCGCCAGCUGGAGGCCGACCACAGCCGCAUGAAGGGCGAGGUCAGCGCCCACUUCCACGAGGUGCUGAGGCUGAAGGACGAGAUGCUCAGCCUCUCGCUGCGCUACAGCAAUGCGCUGCAGGAGAAGGAGCUGGCCACCACGCGCUGCCGCGGCCUGCAGGAGGAGCUGUACCUGGUGAAGCAGGAGCUGCAGCGCGUGAACAUGGUUUCGUCCUGUGAGCUGGAGUUCCAAGAGCGGUCCCGGAAGAUGGCCAGUGACCUGGCGCCUGGGGACGAGGAACUGACCCGCCUGAAGGAGGAGAAUGAGAAGCUCCGCUCGCUCACCUUCAGCCUGGCGGAGAAGGACAUCCUGGAGCAGCACCUGGACGAGGCGCUGGAGAGCAGGCAGGAGCUGGUGGAGCGCAUCCACUCGCUGCGGGAGCGCGCCGUGGCCGCGGAGAGGCAGCGCAAGCAGUACUGGGAGGAGAAGGAGCAGACCAUGCUGCAGUUCCAGAAGACCAAGGUGGACUGCCAGCUCUACAAGGACAAGAUGAACGCUCUGCAGGGCCAAGUGUCCGAGCUGCAGAAGGAGCGUGACCAGGCCUACUCUGCCAGGGACAGCGCCCAGAGGGAGAUCUCCCAGAACCUGGGCGAGAAGGACUCCCUCCGCAGGAAGGUGUUCGAGCUGACGGCCCGGGUCUACGAGCUGCGCACACAGCUGUGCCAGCUGCAGGCCCAGCCUCCAGGCGGGCCCCAGCAGGAAGCUGGCACCAGGGAGCCCUGUCCACGGGUGAAGCAGCGGCUGGUGCGGAUGUGUGCCAUCUGCCCACGGGACGAUGGCGACGGCAGCCUCCUCAGCUCCACAGAGUCCCAGCUGUGGUCAGACCUGAGCGCCACGUCCAGCCGGGAGCUGGGGGACAGCUUCCGCUCCAGCAGCCCGGUGCCCCCCAGCCAGCAGUCCCUGUACAAGCGGGCGGCCGAGGACUUCCGGGAAGACUCCUGGUCUCUAAGCAGCUGCCCAGAGAUCCUGGAGGUGGACCCGGGAGCCCCCCCAGGAGCCAAGGGGGGCGACGAAGACCUGGAGUAUGAGAUCCUGGACAGGGCAGACCUUCCCCCGCCGGAAUGCAGCCUGCAGCCGUUCUCCUCCGGAAGCCUCGACGACUCCGCAAGCUGCAGCGGUGUCCCCAUGCGGCGGAGGCCGGCACGCAGGAUCCCGAGCCAGGUCACGGUGCUGGCGUUCCAGGGCGACCGGCUGCUGGAGCAGAUAAGUGUCAUCGGCGGGAACCACACGGGCAUCUUCAUUCACCGGGUCACCCCGGGCUCCGCGGCAGACGAGAUGGCCUUGCGCCCCGGCACCCAGAUUGUGAUGGUUGACUACGAGGCCACGGAGCCCCUGUUCAAGGCCGUCCUGGAGGACACCACCCUGGAGCAGGCCACCGGGAUUCUCAGGAGGGUGGACGGCUUCUGCUGCCUGUCCGUGAAGGUCAACAUGGAGGGUUACAAGAGGCUGGUCCAGGACCUGGAGGCCAAAGUGGUGACUUCAGGGGACUCGUUCUACAUCCGGGUCAACCUGGCCAUGGAGGGGCGGGCGGAGGGAGAGCUGCAGGUGCAUUGCAACGACGUCCUGCACGUCACCGACACCAUGUUCCGGGGCGGCAGCUGCUGGCACGCCCACCGCGUGAGCCCCUACACCAUGAAGGACACCACCGUGCACGGCACCGUCCCCAACUACUCAAGGGCUCAGCAGCGGCUCAUUGCGCUCAUCCAAGACGUGACCCAGCAGUGCGCCGCCACCCGCAAGCAGUCUUCUGGGGGGGCACAGAAGUUGGUCCGCAUCGUCAGCAUGGACAAGGCCCAGGCCAGCCCUCUGCAUUCAUCCUUCGACAGGGGCCAGUUGGCCCCCAGCAGGGUGGAAGACGCCGCCGUGUGCUUCUGGGCCGAGAGCUACGUCAUGCUGGCGCCCUACAGCCUGGUGCAGCCCCACAGGCCCGCGCGGCCCCGGCCGGUGCUCUUCGUGCCCAGGGUGGUUGGGAGGAUGCUGAGCGAGAAGCUGAGCCUCCUCCAAGGGUUCAAGAAGUGCCCGGCAGAGUACUUGAGCCAAGAGGAGUAUGACGCCUGGAGCCAGAGAGGGGACAUUGUCCAGGAGGGGGAGGUGUCCCGUGGCCACUGCUGGGUGACCCGCCACGCCAUAGAGUCCCUCAUGGAAAAGAACACCCACGCCCUCCUGGAUGUCCGGCUGGACAGCGUCCGCGCCCUGCAGAGGAUGGAGAUCUUCCCCAUCGUCAUCCACGUCUCUGUCAACGAGAAGGCGGCAAAGAAACUCAGGAAGGGCCUGCAGCGGCUGGGCGCCGCGGAGGAGCAGCUCCUGGAGGCGGCCCGGCAGGAGGAGGCAGAGCUGGACAGAGCGCCCUGUCUGUGCAGCAGCCUGGCCCCCGAUGGCUGGAGCGACCUGGACAGCCUGCUGGGCUGCGUGCGCCUGGCCAUCGCGGACGAGCAGAAGAAGGUGGUGUGGGCAGAGCACAGCCCCCCCUGACACCCCCGUGUCCCCUCCUGGGGCUCUGGGGACCUUCGCGUACCUGUUAAUGCAGUCUUGUUCUUUGAGCUCAGGGCCUCUGGGGCACAGCCAUGGGGUGCCCAGCACAUGAGGCCAGCUCCCCCCUCUCUGGCCAGGGUCUGGCCUUGAACCCUCACCGUGUGAGGCUGUAAACAGUGGGGCCACUUGUAUGUGCUCACCUUGCUGUGGAAACCAUCUCCACCCUUCCCCAGCGCUGGGCAUGGUCUGAGCCGGAGACCCCGAGAACGUUGCUACAAUGGGAGGGGUCUUCCCACACCAUCCCCAGAACUGGAGGCCCCAGAACGCUCCAGAAAACGUCCUGUCUGCAGACUGCCCAGUCUGAACUCAGGGAGGCUGCACUUGCACAUUUCAGCGUGUGCAAGAGCUCGUUCCAAACCCACUGAGGCGGCAGGGCGGGAGCCUGUUGCCCCGCAAGGUCGCUGCUGCCCUGCCCAGAGCAGAGGCACAAACCCCGUGUGCCGUAUCCCCCACUCGCACUUCUCGGCUUCUGACGCCUAGAGACGCCUCCGUAACUCCGGUUCAGAGAUUCCAGCGUGUUUACCUGUAAAUAAAGCUUCCGGGUGAUGGAAACAGUA